AUGCGUCGUCUCCACGAAGGUUUUCACUGUGAGGGCCGGAGUGUCCUCCCACGAGUAAAGGAGAGCUACGGGGUGGACAAAGUGGCCGACCCGACGACCGUCGACAAACUGGAUGUCUACCGGUGCAGCAUGGAGAACGCAUGCCCCCCCAGAUAUGUCAAUGAGACCAUGUGCAAGGAGGGCGCCACUGGCAGGGUGUGCGAGAGAUGCGAGGAAGGAUACUUUAAAAAAGGACCGGGUCAGCGACAAAAAAAGCACCAUACGCAGGCUUGUGUCUCAUGUGGUGUGUGUGUAUCAGGCCGUUGUGGCAAGUGCAAGACAACCGAUUUCUCGGCCUUCUGGCUGUUCCUCUUCCUGGGCGUGGUGGUGGCCAUCAUCCUCUAUGCGACAAUGAACCGGCCACUCACCAACGAGCUGGCGUCGUCGGUGGCCAUUAGUAUGGCUCUCGGCCUCAUGGUACGCAGAAGGAAUGCGAGCAAAGCCCCCACCUGGUCGACUGUGUGUGUGCGUAUGCGUGUGUCCCUCUGGGUGGUCUUGUCACGCCUUCUGCGGUUUUGCAGCUGAAUUUCUUCCAAACGAUCGGUUGGGGAUGGGUGGACGGACGGAGGGACGGAGGGACGGAGGGACGGAUGGAAGGCGCACAUUAAUUACAUUGUGUUGGUUGGCGGGGUUGCUGUGUUGUUCAGGCAUCUACAACAACUUGCAAAUUGUGUGGAACGAGCCAUUUUUAAGUAUACUCCAGUUCGGACGGGUCAGUCAGUCCGCACCCUCAUAUCCUCAUAUGCUCACUCUUUCCCAUGUCUCCCUCCCUGGAUGA